AUGCCUCACCUUCUGAGAAAUGUCCUCUGUGUGAUUGAGACAUUCCACAAGUAUGCCAGAGAGGAUGGUGACAAAGCCACGCUGACCUGCAGAGAGUUGAAACAGCUCCUUCAGGGCGAGUUUGGGGACUUGCUUCAGCCACAUAUCAUUCAUGCUGUGGAGAGAAACCUGAAUCAUCUAGAUAUUGACAGUGAUGGCACCAUCUAUUUUGAUGAAUUUGUUACUGCAAUGUUCAGCUUACUGAACCUUUGUUAUCAUGAAAUACAAGCAUUACUACAUUUAGGAUCAAGCCAAGUAUCUAAAUCAGAGAAGCCAGAUGACAUAGAUCUUCAGGCAGCUUCCCGAAAUGGUCAUCAGACAGCAAGAACUCUGCCAUCUCAAGAAAAGAUGGAUCUUCCUGCAGAAAUGUCAGCAGCAGCUCAAUUCAGCCAUGAAGAAGAUGAGGCAGUUGAACACAAUAGAACAGAUCCACAGGAAGACAUCAAGACUUAUAACCUGCCAUGGGAAGCAUCUGAGCCCAAUGACCCUAAGAACCAACAUCUGGAAGGAGAUGAACAGGACCAGGAACAGAGCCAAGAUAUACCAGCAUUGGGACACAAUAGAACCCCACUCAAGACAAGUAAGCUAACAGAAGAAUCAAAACACACAAGCAGUAAAAAGGAUAUCCCUAGGGAAGAAGAUAGACCAAUCCGGAGGCAAAGUGAUAGCAAGAUAAGGGACAGGAAUAGAGAACAGAAAGAACACUUGAAAAUCCAAGAAACUACACAAAAGCUGUUGGAAGACCAGGAAGUUGCUGCAGAAAAGGGUAUUAAAAACCACUCUAAAACACAAGAACCAUUCCUACAAAGAAAAGAUGGAAUCAGGUUGGAGACUACUGUCCUGCCAGGACAAGCUGCUACCAGGAAACCAUUUCAUAUACAGAAAUCAACUGAUCCUGAGGCUGAUGGCAGAAUACCUGAAACUCAGGAACCAGGAAAAGAUGCUGAUAGAAGACUACCUGAGACCACAAAUUUAGGUGAACCUGAAAUAGAGAAUAGAACAUCUGAGAGCCAAGACUGCGAACAUGAAACCAAGGGCUGGCCAGCCCAAGGUAGUCACAGAAAGGUUUCAGACACAAUUGAUAUUAGAGCUGAAACAAACAAGAGGCAAAACCCUGAGGCACAUGAAACAGCAGAGCAGACGGAACCUGAGAGAAAAACUCAGGCCCCAAUCGUGAAAGCCCAAAUACAGGAUGGGAAGGAUCAAGAAUUCCAAGGAUCAUCAAAACAAAAAGACACUGAAAAAGGUUCUGCUAUACAGGAUCUGAGCUCAGAAGAAGAAAACCAGGAUCAUCCCGAACUUGAAGGAGCAUCAGUCUCAGAAGAAGACUUAAGACAUGCUGAGGAAGGCAUAGCAGAAGGAUUUGUACCCAGCAAAGAUGAUCCUGCAACUGAAGAAAUACCAGGAACCAGAGAAAGAACACAAGAGUUGGCACCACUUAGGAAGCAAUUUGAAGGAAAGCAGGGCAAGUCCACCAAGACUCAUGACACACCAAUCAAGGAGGAGGAUGACUAUGACAGGAAAGGUAACAAGUUGUCAGUUACACAGGUUGAUGAGGAGUCUUGUGAAAUGCCCAAAAACCUGGCUCCAGAGGAAGUUAACAAUAGCUCAAAGACAAGAGAACUACAUGUGCAACAGGAUUCUAGGGGUCAGGUAGAUUCAUGCAGAAGGACUUUGCAAGAAGGUCACCCCAAUAACUCAGAUCUCCAGAAACAAAGAGUACCAGAUGAGGACAGCAGAGUAGACAACACAGGGGUGUUAUCUGCCAGAGAGGAUGUGCAGCUCCCACAGGAACAUAAACAGCCUACCAGAGAGGGCCACAAGAGUCUAGGCUCAGGGACUGAAAGUCCAGGUGUAACUGUAGAGCCUGACGAAUGCACAGAGUCACAGAAAUUCACAGCAGGAGGCCAAAACAGAAGGUCUCUGGAGGCAGGGAUCUCGGAUGGUCUGGAUGCACACUCCCCUGGCCAUGUUUCUGUACCAAAAAUCCCUGGAAAAGAAAGCAACAGAAAAGAAUUAAAGGUCCAAGGCCCAGAGACUGAAGAAGAGGAAGGUGGAACGCCAGUGACCCAGGAGACUUUAUUUAAAAGCCUGGAUGAAGACAAGUCAGCCUUCUCCAAGACACAUCUUAAAACAGAGGAACCUGCGACAUUGGAGGAAGAGGAGGAAGGUCCCCAAGAACCAGUAGGAGAAGGUGAUAACUGGCAAAGCAACAAAUCAUUUUCAUUAUUACAAGAGAAGUUAUGA